AUGUCCAAUCUUCAAGAGAUUAUCGAUAGUCAGUUUUCUAAGUUACUGAGUUUGCUAAACAGCGAUGCGGCCCGAUCUAUACUAUUUUGCUCUGAGUCUUUCUACUUCUGGGAACUCAUAGAAAGGCUUUGGAAAGAACUUCCGCUUAGUUGCGAGCAGGGGUCGGCGCUAGCAACUGCAUCUUGCAUUCCCCUCUGGGAGGUGAUACAUUUUUUUACCGGACUGUGCUGUUUAUUACAAAUUGAAAAAAAGGCAUUUGUGUUGAAUUACUUACUGGCAUUGUUUCCAAAAUCCAAGGAUCGACGCUCUGCAUAUCAGCAGCUGAACUGCAGAGGGAAUGAGGCAAUGCCAGUACCACUUUCGGUUACACUCCCUAUGGGAUCCGAAAUGCUCCUGCAUAUGAAAUCAAAGGCAGCAUUCUCACAGAUAUUCCUAUCGAGCAACACUGUUUUUCUUGAUCAUUUGGGAUCUCAUAAAAACGGGAAAAUUGUUUCAGAAAAAAUAAGAUACCUCAUCUCUGAUGUUCUACCUAAUUGCACUUUAUCUUUGAGUAAAAAAUUAGAAAAGGACACCGGUCUGCCUCAGCUUGAAGUCUGUGUAUCAAAGAAACAUACAGUUCCGUGGAUUUCAUUUUGCGUUGGUAUAUGGAAAUAUAUUAUUACUGCCGAGGCUUUAAAUAUUCCUGAAGGGAGAGAGCUUUCUGGCUUUCUAGUAAACUCGUCCUGGUCAACAAAAACAAUAAUGAUAGAUGGAAGAAGUGCUACGUAUAAAUUCCUCUUCACUGGGCUUGUAGAUUCAAGCAUGAUUUGUUUAUCUCUUAAUGGGCGCUCACCAUCUACAAAUGCAGACAAUACUCCAUAUAUAGACCCACGUAUUAUUUCUAACUUUCUGUUACAAAAAAAAAAAUUCAUUUCAAUGAACACCAGUGGGGUGAUGGCGCUCGCCAAAAAAAUGUCUCCACAAAAGUACUGCUUAAAGAAAUUUUUGUUUAGCGAAAAAUGUAGAAAGCUAAAAAAAACACUGUUCAUUGACGUCUCAAGCGAUAUAAAGAAAUUUGGGUCAAGUCCUUCAUGCCGGGAUUGUGACCGCUUAACAAUGUUGUGUCGUGACUGCAUAUUUACGUCAUUUCCAGUACUAUCUUGUAGAGGCAGUAGCAACGAAAGGGCGCUACAUGCCGCGCUUUUUGAUCGUAAACGGAGCCCUGACUUGAAGAUGCGCAGCGAGGGUCCAUCAUUUUUGCCAGUAGGAACUUCACUUACUGAUUUGUGGAAAGAUACAACAUCUAGUUACAACGUUCUAGAGAGAUUAUCCACUAUGUGGUUUAGUAAAUAA